CGAUACGAUACGAUACGAUACGAUGGGCGAGGGUUUGGACUGAAGCAGGAUGAGAAGAGCGCAUGCGCGAACCAAAAGGCCCGCCUCUCUCUCGCCUCUUAGCCGAUCCACCUUUUCUGUUGUUUUUCUUGCUCCUUCCAUGGAAGAAGACUCGGUUUUCGCGCGCUGCGCUGGGCGAGAUUCAGACCGCGAGCACGUAAUCACGAAAACCCGGAGACUGGCAUGAAGACGCAAUCCGACUGCCUUGCGACUACCUCGCAUCGAGGCUUCUAUACAGAGUACACGAUUGAAUUUGACGUGGAUGGGCGGCGCACCGGAUGGGCUAGGCCAGGCGGGGCCGGGCUGGACGGGGGGCUGGACAUGACAUGGCUGUGUCGGCUGUGCACGUUUAUCAAGGCGCGGCGAGGGCGUUGUCAUCAUCAUUAUCGUUAUCAUUAUCAUCAUCACCAUCAUUUGGCAUGCAACGGGCGCGUUCUUCUCGGUAUGAUGGCGUCUGGCACAGAGUCCAAGGUUCCAAGGUCAAGCGAGAAGGGCGUUUCUCGAACCAGGGUGGUGGGAGGAUGACUUCGGUGUUCAUAAGGUGCAGGCGAAGAGGAAAAGCCGCAUCUCGGUAGCGUCGAAAGGAUAUUAUGGUAAUAUAUUAUCCAACCUCGGAGAUCGCUCACCUAGAUGCCUACUUACCUACCUAUGUAUCAUGCCAAAAACUCAUCAGCCACUGCGCCGGACAAGCCAGGUCCGGUUCCAACGACAUGAAAGGCUAACGUUCCCAGACGAUUUUUUGAACCCGCCAUCGGUUUU